GAGAGAAGAGAGUUAAAGCGGCCAUUUCUUCGUCGACCUCGUCGCCCCCGCGCAGGCGUGCUCCGUCGUCGUCGUCGUCGCGGCCGUCAAAGGAGAACGAUUCCACACGGAGUUGCUGUUUUUAUCCGAGAAGCCCGGAUACUCGGUCAGAACCACUCGAUCUCGAUCUCUCGCUUUGUUAAUCUUGGGUCUAGCUAGGUGGAUAAGGGAUUGCGCGGGGGAGGCAGCGGUCCAUUCCUGCGGUCGACUCGGUUCUUGAUAGGCUAGUAAAAAGAGAGAGAGGGAGGGAGGGAUGGACGAGAAGGCAGCCAAGAUGGAGAAGCUCUCGUCGGCGGCGGCUUUCGUGGAGGGCGGCGUGCAGGACGCCUGCGACGACGCCUGCAGCAUCUGCCUCGAGGCCUUCUGCGACAGCGACCCCUCCACGGUUACAAGCUGCAAGCAUGAUUUCCAUCUCCAGUGCAUCCUUGAGUGGUGCCAGAGAAGCUCCCAGUGUCCCAUGUGUUGGCAGGCAAUCAGCAUGAAGGACCCUCUGAGUCAAGAGCUCCUUGAGGCUGUUGAACAGGAGAAGAAUGUGCAAGCAGAUCGCUCACGCACGACCGCCGUUUUUCGCCAUCCAAUGCUCGGACAUUUUGAGGUACCAGUUGAUACAGAUGAUGCUGAGCUUGAAGAACGUCUCGUGCAACACCUGGCCGCUGCUGCCGUGACACGUAGGUCGCACCGCCAUGGUAGAAGGGAAGGCCACCGCGGAAGAUCAGGACCACACGGUCGCACACAAAUUGUAGUAUUUUCGACAACUGAAACUACCUCUAGUGACCCCAUUUCUUCAGAUUCACCACAAGUAGGGGACAGUGAGCAUUCUCCUGCUAUAAUGUCUGCUCCUGUGGAUGCCAUGGAAGAAGCAUCUGCCAACAUACUAGUGCACAAUAAUACUUCAUCUAACUGCCCUGUUGGAUCAAAUGAUAGAAUUUCUGGUGAUGAAGCAUCUCCCAUCAACCAGGAUGGAGCUGGACCAUCCGAUCCACAAUCUUUCUCAAACACACUCAAGACUCGCCUGCAGUCGGUUUCGGUCAAGUACAAGGACUCGAUAACGAAGAACACCCGUGGGUGGAAGGAACGGUGGCUCUCUCGGAGUGACACGAUAUCGAGUCUUGGUUCUGAUGUGAGGAGGGAGGUUAAUGCCGGAAUCGCUGCUGUGUCUCGCAUGAUGGAGCGGCUAGAAACGAGGGAUGGGAGUGGCUCUGGGCCCUCAUCGGCUUCUUCGGACAAUGUUUCUUCUGCUACAAAUAAUCAGGGGGCCGCGUCGUCCAACUUUUGUGCUUCCGUAAAUGGCGCCUCGUCUUCGGCAACUUGUGCGUCGAGAUCUGGUUCACAAUGAACCAUCUUCUACCAUGAAAGAUGAACUUAUUUUUUAGCUGCGAGUUGAACCUGGCAUCUGGUACUAUUAGAACAGUCACAUGUAACAUGUUUGAUUUGUGCAACCAAAGAUGCAGCUGUAAAGAACUGGUUUCAAGAAUGAUAUGAACCAGGGUGGUGCAACGUCUACCACACAGUAGCUCUUGUUCGUUUCUUCGUAGACCUGCAAGGCUACGACAGUCAGUUGUUUCAUCAGGCCAUCUUAGGAGCCAUAGUGAAGGGAACAUCAGAGUCGUGAUAUGAGAUUCAUGUCUCCAUGAACUCUCUGUAUAGAGAUGCAGAACAGUAACUGCACAGAUAAUUUCUGUUCAUUGUUGACAAAAAAUCUGCAUCGA